AUGGCGUUGUGUGACAUCACGACGACUCCUCAGCCAUUUGCGAGUGUCGAUUCAUCACAUUUUCGGCAAUUUUUCCCACAGAUUCGAAUCGAAUCUCAUGGGCUUCUACAGAAGAGCGGCACAGUUCGGAAAACACCACACCUCGGACAAUUGGACUUCAUGGCCGAGAAUGAUAAUAAGAAAAUCUACUUCUGUCAACGAUGCCUGAACCACGGAUCACGACUACCGAGGAAAAAUCACAAGUGUGAAUGCCCUUAUGCUGACUGUAAGUGCAAGUUGUGUUUCCUUGUGGAAAAACGCCGGCAGCUGAAUUCUCAACUACACGAUCUUGAAGUCAUUGAAUUGGAAACGAUGAAGCGGUCGGAGGAUGACGAUCAGCAGCCGCCGUCUAACAGCGAUGUCGACCGCAUGGUCAGAGUCAAGGGCGCUCUAGCAACUUUGGAGAGCCCCACAGGAUUCAAUGAUCCAAAUAUAAUCCAGAAUCUGAAACGAGUUUCAAAUCCAGCUGUUGUUCUUCCUUUAGACAGGGUCAUUGAUAAAUUACCUCUGGCCGCCCAAAACAGCGUUCGAGAGAUCGCAAAGCGGAGUAACGUAGAGGAUGAUGAGACAUCGCUGUUGACGGUGAGAACAGAGGCACCCAGUGACGACUUCGAUGGCUACGGCAAUGUGCGCCCGAGUGGACAUCACAACACAUCGGUGUGGAGAUGUUUCGAUGCUGCUCUUUCUGAGCGUGUUGUGAUCUUACCCAAGUUUCCAUCGAACGUUCAACAGAAAGCUCAACAGGGACCUGCAGUUACUCCAGGGAUUGCCCCUCGCAACCACCUUUCUGUGAUUUAUCCUCCUAACAUACGAGGUGUUAUGAAUUGA